UUUGUUAUCAUAAAAACCCAAAGGGACACCCGCUUGGCUCCAUCAGAUCUCUAAUUUCUAAAUUUCAACCCAUAAAUAAAAGCCAAGCAAACCAUCGACUGCACUCUGCAGGUUUCCAGUAUCCUCCUCUGGGCUCUGAGUUUCAACAAGAUGCGGCCUGAUGGUAGCCAUGGCAAAGUCUUUUUCGCACACAUCCUUGAUGCCUCCUUCUUCGGAUUCGUUGCAGCCGCCGCCACGCGGUAUUACCGCCACAGGUGUAAGCCGCUCACCGAUCAAAACAUCAUUCCACGGAUAGAAAGGACAGAAUCUGGUCGUGUUGGCAAGCUCGAAAGAUUCUCCCACUAUGUUGCAAGGCAAAUGGGAUUUCGAGAUGCAAACGAGUGUCCCCAGCUAUGCAAGUUAGCUUACGAUUAUUUGAGAAAAGUCAAAGGGUGUGAAGAUAGAAUCUAUGAAUAUUUUGCUAAUGAAGCAGAAGCAAAUUCUCUCUACGUUAAGUUGAUUGAAGAGUUUGAUAAAUGCAUCCUCAGUUAUUUUGCUUUUCAUUGGGGUCAAGCUUCUCACUUGAUUAAUCAGGUUUUGAGUGUUGAAUCUCAGCAGAAAACAAAGCUCAAAGACUUCUUGUUGGCAGCUACCAGGAACCGGAGAUUUGAGUUGCUGCAGAAGGAUUUGAAGGUGACAAGGGUGUUUUGUACAUUGAUGGAAGAGAUGAAAGCAAUCGGCAGCAGUACAACAAAGGGUGAUGAAUCACACUGUACGGAGGUCAUGGUGCCGGUUGCCCACAAUGACAGGAGUCCGGUGCUGCUGCUCAUGGGUGGUGGCAUGGGAGCUGGCAAGAGCACCGUCUUAAAAGACAUUCUCAAAGAACCAUUCUGGUCGGGAGCAGCGGCAAAUGCCGUGGUAGUGGAGGCUGAUGCUUUCAAAGAGACCGAUGUUCUCUACAGAGCCCUUAGUUCUAGAGGCCAUCACCAUGACAUGCUUCAGACUGCUGAACUGGUGCACCAGUCUUCGACUGAUGCUGCAUCAUCAGUACUAGUGACGGCACUUAACGAAGGGCGGGAUGUGAUAAUGGAUGGGACUCUAUCAUGGGAGCCCUUUGUUGAGCAGACAAUUGCUAUGGCACGUAAUGUUCACAAAUGUCGUUACCGGAUGGGGGUAGGCUACAAGGUUGCCGACGAUGGCACCAUUACUGAAAAUUACUGGGAGCAGGUGAAAGAAGAUGAAGAAGAAGAGCAACCAGAAGAAAAUGGAGAAGCUCCCAAGAGAAAACCUUACAGAAUAGAGCUGGUCGGGGUGGUUUGUGAUGCUUAUCUAGCUGUUGUCAGAGGCAUCAGGCGAGCUAUAAUAAUGGGAAGGGCAGUGAGGGUGAAUUCACAGUUGAAAUCCCACAAGAGAUUUGCCGGUGCAUUUCGAGGAUAUUGCCAACUUGUUGAUAAUGCCAGGCUCUAUUGUACCGAUGCUGUGGGAGGACCACCUGCGUUGGUGGGAUGGAAAGACGGAGACAACAAACUGCUGGAGGAUCCAGAGGGAAUCAAAUGUUUGACAAGAGUAAGCAGUUUGAACGAUGAAGCCGAAUCCAUAUACGACCUUUACAACCACUCAACUCAGGUGACGGAGCUCAGUUCCAUUUGGAAAGACAUCAUUUUGUCACCGGCGAGGGCAACUCUUCAACUGGAGCUGAGGACUUGUGUGCAAAGAAUUGAAAAUCUAAAAAAUAUUUGACUCCAUUUGUACGUAAUAUUGAGUUUGCCAAUCUUCACCUUAAUUUUUGUUGGAAGAAGGUACCCUCACCUCAUAGAAUGAAGCACUUUCUCUGUAAUAGAACUAACUGACUGGGAUGUCAAAUGAUAGUCCAAGAGUUGUGCAAUGUUUUUUCUUUCUUUCUUUUUCA